UCAUAGAGUCCAACCCCAUGCAAAUGUUUGUCUUUCCUCUGUAAUAGAGAAGAAAGGAACAAAGUUCAACUUCAGCUUUGGUGUUUUCUGAGAUCAGAGUUGAAGGCAGUUUCAGCUUUGGUGGCACAAGGGCUGAUUUCUCUUCCCUCUGAGCACAGCUGACUGGCUUGCUGAACCGUGGUCUUCAUAUAUGGCCAGGAUAAGAGCAUCCCAGCGCUCAGAACUGGCUGAGCUGCUCUCCGUGUCUGAAGAAUGGUGACUGUCAGGUGAAGUUCUCAAGGCCUGGAUAUGGAUGGGCAAAGUGCAACAGCUACAGCGGGGACAGAUGCUUUGAUGGAACGGCCCGAUUAGGAAGAUUGAAGAAUGGAGGUGGCUCUCACCUGGAGAAGGCUGUGAUGCUCCUGGGGAACUGGUGCCACCAGAUAAAGCUCAUUCCUGAGCUCAAGCUUGUUGCCUCCUGCUCAGCAACUGAUAAGGGAGCAGCGAUGCUUGCUUGGCCAUGAAAUAACACAGGGGAACUCCAGUAAGACAGGCUGGAAGGAAAGCAGAGAAACAAAACAAAGAAAACACCAACAAAUUGGAAGAAUGAAGAGUGAGGAGGAAUUGAAGUGUCCACAGAGUUCACAGUGCGGGUGACUGGAAGUGAUGGGGGAAAGGCAGCGAAUGCUGCUUGUGUAACACACAGCACUGGGUCUGAAUGCAGGACUGCUCUGCCUGUGUCCAUGUGCAGCACUUGGUAACAAGUGUUUGUGCUGUGUGCUCUGCUGUGCACCCAGAAGCCAGCACUGCUGUCCCUUGAACUCAUCUCCUCCCUCAGUGCUAUCUGCUCAUCCUUCCUGAGAUUGUUUCUACAUCCUGAGUUCCAUAUGUAGGAAACUGCACAGAGCUGAGCUCAGCCUUCCUGUAAGUGACACCUGAAGCAUUGCUGCGAGGGGAGACUGAGAUCCAGGUGAGCAAGAGGAGCAAAGGGUGGGACUGAGCAGCAGAAACCCAUGCAGAGAGGAGGAACACCCGUGCUGGGGCACAAAGCACACUGCCUGCUUGCAGUGUGAGGCACUGGAGCUUGGAUGCUGCCGUCCCAAAGGGCACAAGCUGCGAUGGGAGCACACAACCCUAAGGGCAGCAGCGUGUGUUCCCCUGCCAGCUGCUCCCUGAGAGUGAUGCUAUCAGCUCAGCUUUGUUCUGCUGCGUGCAGCCUCGCUCUGCUGCACAGCACCGAGCAAAGCACCGAUAGGAUCUGCCCAGCCCUGCACAAUGGAAAGUGCCACGGCACCCAGCCAGGGCCCGACCUCAGCCCUCCUUUGGGAUCUGCUCCUGCAGCACUGCUGUGUCACACUGAUGCUGCUGGCUUUGUGCAUUUCUGUACAGCUGCGUUUCUCACUGUUGUUCUUUACAGAUGCAUUAGAAAUCCAUCUGAAGGUCAGUCUUAACAAAGCCGAUGCUUAUCAGCUUUCUCCAAGUUGCUUUUUUAAUUUUUUUUUUAAUAUGUUGGUGAAGAAAAUCUUUUUCCAAUGCUGCAUUUGAAACAUCCUUGAGCACUGUUAAUCCCACAGCUCCUCAGGGUGAGGAGAUCCAGUCCCAUCCCACCCCACAGCCCCAUCAGCCCCCGGUGUGACCUGUGUGCUUCAGCUCCCCCAAAAGAUGGCUUCCUUCCAGCAUGGGGAUCCCACAGGUCACCACUUUGGACACCUUUGUAAGGCAGAGAGGGGAAAAAGCAGUGCCCAGGUGAGUGCCCCAGGAUGGGAAGGGAAGCUGCUGCUGGGAAAGGCAGCAGUGACGCGGUGCUGUAUAAAUCAGCAGCCUGGCAGCUGGGUGUUGCUGGCAGAGAUGCAGGAGGUGCCCACUGCUGGGAUGCGAAAAGGUGUGUCCAGGUGGUGGCAAAUGUGAUAUAAGGGCAGCUGCUGGCACUGCUGCUGCAGCACCAGAAGAGCAGGCAGGAGCCGGGUGCUGUGCAGAGCCGGGCUGAGACGGCAUCUCCCAGUGCAGGUGACAGCAGAGCUGUGUCUUGCAGUGCCAUCCCUGUCCUUUUGCACUGCUCAUGCCACCGCUUCCCCUGCUGCAGGAUGAUGAAGCCGCUGAAGCUUUUUGGAAUGGUCAUCUUCUGUGGGCUGCUCUCUCCCACCCAGGGGGUUCUGUCUGGCUUGUCCUGUGCCGUCAGUCCCAGGGCCACGCAACAAGCGCUGUCCGAUGCCAUCAUUCAGAACGGGCUUCUCCAGAAGCACCUGCAGGGCCUGGUGCUGCCGAACAUCAUGAGUGACGGGGGUCUGCUGAACUCCCCCACCAUCAUCACGGGGCUGCACCUGGAGAGGUCCCGGAUGCCCACGCUGUCGAUGGAGCUGCUGCCUGGGAUUGGGAUGCAGUUGGUCAUCACCGUGCGCCUGGAUCUCAGUGGCAACUGCUUGCUUGGCCUUCUCUCCGAGGUAAUUGUUAUCUCUGCGGAUGUGACCGUUACCACAAACAUCAAAUGCUCAAGUUUCGAGUCGGGUGCAGUCCAGGUCAUUGCUGAUGACUGCUUCUGCAUUCUUGGUGCUGUAAAGAUCAAGCUGCUCUCUGGCUUACUGUCCCUGUCAGUGCAUGACAUUGUGCUCAGCCACCUGACAGCAACUUUGCCUGGUUUGCUGUGUCCAGUGAUGGAUAUUGUCUUCAACAUAGUGAACAUCCAGCUCCUGAGCACUCUGGAUGUGGUGAUCCCUGUUGGCUCGAAGGGGACGGUUCACUACCACCUGGCUGGCCCACCAUUCACCUCUGGUUCGUCCCUGAUUAUGGAUUUAGAUGGCACGGUGCAGCAAAUGGGAGGCAGCAUCGUCCCGCACGACUCGUACGCCUCUGCCUUGCCCCCGCUGCUGGACAGGCUGCUGAUCAUCGGUGUGCGCCAGAGCUUCCUCAACUCCCUGCUGGCCCUGCUGCUCCAGAUCCAGCCACACACCUUCCCCUGCUCGUCAGAAGCUUUCUCUGGAGCCAACCAGCUGAGAGAUUCCAUUACAGCCCUUUAUCCCACUGGGUGCAACAGCUGCCCUGGGGCCAGUCCUCUGAGCAUCCGUGUGGAGUCUGUGGGGAACCCCAUCCUUCUCUUGGAACCCAACAAAGCCACCGUUGAGCUGUCGGUCCUGCUCCAGGUGUUCGUUAAGCGCCCGGAUGGAUCCAUCAUCAACCUGCUGCUCCUGAAGGCAGACCUCAGUCUGAACGUCCGCCUGUCGAUCUCCAGGGGCAGCCUGGUGCUGGCCUUCUCCCUGGGCAGAGUUUCCCUCAUCUUGCAGUCAUCUGACAUUGGCAUCAGUGAUAUCUCCAACCUGAAGCCACACCUCGUUAAGCUGCUGGUGGAGACCUACCUGCCACUUCUCAAUGCUGCUGCAGCCGUUGGGAUACCCCUGCCUGAUGUGUUCAGAAUUCCUCUGAUAAGGGUGGACUUCCAGAUCUCGUUGGGACUGUUGUUGAUCCUCGUGUGAGCCAUGCACUGUGCAGGCAGCUCUGGAAAGAAAGAGGGAGGAGAUCCGGUCAGGAUGAAGCGUUGGAACCAACAUUAUUGUCUUUCCUUUCCUAAAUGUACUGCAAGGUUCUUGGUAAUAUUUAAGGCACUUUAAAUUAAAUUGGCUUACAUGGUACUGAGAUGCUCGCAUAAGCCAACACCAGUUAGGCAGCUCUGUGUAGAAAUAUUUAUUUAGAGAAAUUAGGGCGAAUUAGAGGACACGGUUGCAGAAGUGGCAUGUGAUGCUGCAGCUGAAGUGUUAAAUUCCUUGAGAAUUUGGUCUUUGGGAAAGUUGUUGUCUGUGUAAUGAAAAAGGGAAAUUUUGCAUGUGGCUCUCCAAUGCAUGGUGAGAAGAGUCCAAAGUGCUGAGCAGGAGCUC